AGCCGUUGCCACCACUAAUGAUAAUCACAGCUGUAGGCGGCUUUUUAGGUGGAGUCCGAAGACGCUCCUAAAAACUAUGCCCAAUUAGAAGAUGGAUCCGAAAUUCUUCAAAUUGCUUCUCCUCGGCGGCGCCGUGCGCUUCUAUUUCUGCCGCACCCCGCUGGCCUCGAUGAUUGGCAACCGAGUGGAAUUCGCGACGCCUUUGAAUUCACACAAGCGCAUGCAAGAAGGGAUCUUUCUGCUGCAAAGUGGCAUUGAUCCUUAUCAAGGCGACCUGGUCCACGAAUCGCCGCUAAUCCUUAGCGCUCUCUCUGGGCUAUUCCAAAACUACCCGCAAUUUUUGGCCAUAUUCUAUAUUAUACUGGAUGUAUUCACUGCGGCCCUCCUUUAUGCGAUGAGCCUGCGUUUUGUAAAGCAAAAGCACGACCAGCAAAAUGUAGAGCGAAAGGAAUACGCGAAGGAUACGGAGGAACUGCAGUUUAACGCCACGGACAAGUUUGACAUUCCGGAACUGGUAAUCGUGGCAUAUCUGUUCAAUCCGCUGACCGUGAUGAGCUGCAUCGGGAUGACAUCGACCGUGAUAAGCAAUCUGUUCCUGGCUUUCUUUCUUUACUGCCUGGUAAAAGGGCUACUGCUUCCAUGCCUUCUGGUUCUGGCCUUUGAGACCGUCCGUAGCUUCUAUCCCAUUGUUCUGCUAGCUCCACUUCUACUUUUUUCACGGAACUCCAUCAAAAGGGGACUGGUUAUUUCACUCCUUUUUAUUGUCAGUUGUCUCUUAGUAGCGGCAGCCAAUUUUUUCGUUUUGAAAAGUUGGAACUUCUUAGAUGGCACUCUAGGAUUCAUUUUUUACUUCCGUGACCUACAGCCGAAUAUUGGCCUGUUCUGGUAUUUCUUCACCGAAAUGUUCGAGCACUUCCGCACCAUGUUCCUGAUCACAUUCCAGUUAAAUGCCACUGUAUUAUAUCUAGUGCCACUUAGUAUUAAGCUGCGCAAGGAGCCUCUGCUGCUAGCGACAGUUUUGGUAGCCCUCAUGGCAGUUUUUCGAGCAUACCCUAGCCUGGGCGACGUAGGUUUUUAUUUGGCCUUGCUCCCUCUAUGGAAACGGUGCUGGAAAUUCAUGGCACAUGGAUUCGUAGUCUUUACAUUCUUCCUGGUCACCCUGUCCAUGAUGGGAGCGCUUUGGCAUUUGUGGAUCUACGCGGGCUCGGCAAAUGCGAACUUCUAUUUUGGCGCCACAUUAGCGUUCUCAACCGGUCAAAUAUUCCUCAUCACUGAUUUGCUGUUUGCUCACGUUAAACGCGAGUUCUGUCUGUUCAAUGGCCAGAAGAUUUUGAUUGAUGGCGAGGAAGCAAGGAUAGUCCUGAAGUAAUCAUUAACAGUAUCAGGUCAUUUUGAGGUAGAAUCCAGGAACUUUGUACAGAUGCGGGAUGUGCUGUCCAAUGGCAGCCCGGCAUACUCUUAAGAUAAGUGAAGUCAAAACAAUAUCAGAUUAAAACAAAACAUUUUAUUUGAUCUUAA